CUCGAGGAAGAUUCUAUUCAGUGCGAAAGAAUUAUACGGAGUAGACAGAAUAUUAUACGGCAUAAACUACCCGGUCUACAGUCUACACCGCACACCAGAAUUUGUCUCAGAAGAAAGAGAGAAGAGGAUCUCCUGGACUCCUGGUAAUGGAGUUGGUGAAGGGUGGCUGCUGUUCUUCUUUCUCAUCUCUCUCAUCGUCUGUGCGGCAUAAGCUUAUCAGGAGAAGCAAUCAUUGCAAUUAUAAUUAUGGUUAUGGAUACCAGACUGUGAAGAAAAACCGGAACAAGGAGAAUAUUGCCCAUUUGUUGAAUCCAUUUCCACAUGUGCACUACUCGCAUUCUCGAAACUUCGAGACUCCAAUUCAUCAUCAUAGGAUUAAGGCUCUGAACCAGGUGGAAGAUGAGAAACUAGAAAAUUCAAAUGCUGAUUCUGGGUAUGGAAACCUUGAAUGGCCUUCUCCAAAUGAUGUAAUUCCAUUCUGGAAGAGGGAAUUUCCAUUACAUAACAUUGCCUCAAGAGUUUCAUCUCCUGUGGAACAUGAUUCUAACCUUAUGCACAUUGUUCAUGUGACGGCUGAAAUGGCCCCCUUGGCUAAAGUUGGGGGUCUGGGUGAUGUUGUAACUGGACUUGCCCGUGCUUGUAUACUGCGUGGACAUGAUAUUUUGGUUAUGCUUCCUUUUUAUGAGAGUAUUCCAAAGCACUGUAUCAAUAGCUUGGAAUUGAUCAAUACUUAUAACUCAUAUCAUGAUGGAAAUUGGGUCCCUACCAAUGCUUAUCAAGGAGAAGUUUCAAACAUUCCCGUGAUAUUCAUUGAACCAUCUAACCAUUUCUUCAAGGGACACAGCAUAUAUGGAGGAUCGUACAAUGAGCUGGAAGCAUAUCUAUUUUUCAGCCGAGCUUGCCUUGAGUGGAUGCAGGUAACCGGAAAACAACCUGAUAUUAUUCAUGUGCACGAAUGGCAAACUAGUGCUUUACCUCUCCUUUACUGGGAUAUGUACCUAUAUCUAUCAAUUCAGAAACCCAGGGUUGUAUUGACAAUCCACAACAUGGAGCAUUACGGAGAGUGCAACAAAGAGCAAUUCAGCAAGUGUGGCCUUGAUGGAUCUUUGUAUGGAUCUGAAGAAAAGGCAGUUGAUGAUCGCACAAUUGGCCACAAUCCUGAGAGAUUAAGUCUCCUUAAAGGUGGCAUAGUCUACAGUAAUGCAGUAGUAACAGUCUCUCCAACAUAUCUCAAAGAAACACUUUGUUCUGGAUGGCUUGCCAGCACUUUGAUAAGACACCGCGAUAAGUAUUCUGGUAUUUUAAAUGGAAUAGAUACUACAAUGUGGAACCCUGCAACCGAUAUAUAUCUGCCUUCUAAAUUUGAUGCUAGUAAUAUCAAAGGGAAGCAGAUAUGCAAAUUCUAUGUUCAAAAGGGGCUUGGUUUGGCCGUGGAUGACAUGAGCCCACAUGGUUAUUCUUCGCAUCGAGUGCCUUUGGUUGUUUGCAUUACUAGACUAGUUCGUCAAAAGGGUCUUCAUCUGAUAAUUCAGGCAAUCAAGCAUGUCAAGGAGUUAGGUGGACAGAUGGUUGUCUUGGGGAAAGCUUCAGAAGGUCAAGUUGAAAAACAGUUUCAAGAUCUUGCUAAAUCGCAUAGCCUUGGUUCCAGCGUCCGUAUCCUUUUGAUGUACAGUGAGGAGCUGUCUCAUAUGCUUUAUGCUGCUGCAGACAUGGUUCUAGUCCCUUCCAUAUAUGAACCGUGUGGCCUUGCUCAGAUGAUUGGAAUGCGUUAUGGAGCAGUUCCCAUAGUCAGGAAGACUGGCGGUCUUGCAGAUACAGUUUUUGACAUGGACAAUGACUCGCAAUCAGAUAUUGCAAAUGGGUUUGUCUUUGAAGGAAUUGAUGAAGCAUCCUUAAACUGGGCUUUAGAACGUGCAUUUUUACACUACAGAGAGAGGCCACGUGAAUGGGAUGAUACUGUGAAGAAGGUUAUGCAAAUGGACAACAGCUGGAAUAACACGGCAGAAAAAUACAUUGACAUCUACAAUUCUGUGAAGGGUUAAGUGAUCCCCACUCACCCGACUUGUAUCCGGGGACUGGGAAGUCCUUAGAAUCCCAAUAGUUUUUGUUUCAUGUCUGGAAAUACAUGUUUAGAAUUU